CCCAGACCCCACCAGGUGUGAGACGCUGUAGAAGUCCCGCACAGGAGACAGGACAGAGACUCAACACUUCAACUCUUCUGUUAUCUACUCCAAGAAGUGGCAGAGGAGAGGGAAACCCCAGCCAAGCCCUGCACAGGAGGCAGGCUGUGCAGUCUGGACACAGCCAUGAUGCAACUUGCAACAGUUGCACAGGAAUCUUUCCCGGAGGAGGCAGGGCCCCUCAUCCACAGUAUCCACGGGCCGCACAGGAUCAAGCCUCCCUCGUGUCGGGCCCUGCGCAGUGCUGUGUCCACACUGGCACGCCUCGAUGACUUCACCUGUGAGAAGAUCGGAGCAGGCUUCUUCGCAGAGGUCUUCAGGGUGCAGCACCGUGAGUCUGGACAGAUCAUGGCUCUAAAGAUGAACACUCUGCCCUGUAAUAAGGCCAACCUGCUCAAAGAAGUGCAACUGUUGAAUCGACUGUCUCACCCCAACAUCCUCAGGUUUAUUGGAGUUUGCGUCCACCAGGGCCAGCUCCAUGCUCUCACAGAGUACAUAAACGGAGGGAACCUAGAGCAGCUGUUGGCCAGUGACAUGUACCUGUCGUGGAGCUUACGCCUGAGCCUGGCCCUGGACAUUGCACGAGGACUGGAGUAUCUGCACAGCAAAGGCAUCUUCCACCGGGACCUCACCUCCAAGAACUGCCUGGUGCGCUGGGAGGGCGGUGUUUGCACAGCGGUGGUGGGAGACUUCGGCCUGGCAGAGAAGAUCCCAGAUUACAGUGAGGAUGGUACGCAAGAGCCCUUGGCUGUGGUGGGCUCCCCCUACUGGAUGGCCCCGGAGGAGCUCAGAGGAGAGGUCUAUAAUGAAAAGGUGGAUGUGUUUGCUUACGGUAUCAUCCUUUGUGAGAUAAUCGCAAGGAUCGAGGCAGACCCUGACAUUCUGCCACGCAAAGAGGACUUUGGGCUGGACAUGGAGACAUUCCAGCACAUGGUGCAAGAUUGCCCUCCUGACUUCCUGGAUCUGGCCAUCACCUGUUGUAAUCUGAGUUCAGAGCUACGUCCGUCCUUCUCACAAAUUGCACUGGAGCUGGAGCAGCAGGCAAAGAGGAAGCAGAAGGAACAGACUCUGGUUAAAGCUGCCUCACCUCCAGUUAACCUGCUACAUCGCCAUUCACUCAGCCUCCCGACAGACCCUCAUCCGUUGGACAUACUCCACUCCCCAGAUACGUCCCCUUGUGUCACCCCCACCCACCGCACACGUGUCAAUCCUUUCUCUGGGAGAAAGGACCUGAAAGGGGGCAAGAUUAAACUUUUUGAUACCCCCAGUAAGUCAAUUAUGUCCUUGACCUUCACGCUGCCCCCUCCUCCGGAGGAUAGUGUACAGAUGAACAGUGUGAGUGAAGACGAGAAGCUUUUAGGAGAAAGCAUAGACUACAGCGGGACAGGGGACUCGGGACUGUCGGAGCAGUCCAUGAGCUCUAGCCCUUUGUCCUCUAACUCUCCAGACACUCAGGACAGGUCUUCCCUGUAUUAUAACCUGACUUCACCCCCCUUCCACUCCUCCACUCCUCCGUCAAAUAGCUGUGGGUAUCAUUCCACACCCACUGAUCCAGGCGCCCUGUGUCCACUGCCCAAGCUAGACUAGAAAAGGAUCGUAUUCUCUCUGGCCGCUGUCUGCCAGGACUGCCCUUGUACUUCCAUUGUAUUGUUAAGAAUAAAGUUUAAUAAAGAUUGUGUUAAAUAAAAAGUGGAAUGC